AUGAUCGAACAACUUAUCAGUAUUACGUCCCACGGCCCGGCAAGCCCGCUCCGGGGGUCGAUCUCGGGCAUAAUGGGAUCCACGUCCUUGGCGUGCUGGAUCGUGUUGUUGAUGCCACAAUUGAUCGAGCAGUGGCGAUUGAAAUCUGCUGACGGAAUCGCUAUAGGCUUCAUCACCAUCUGGUUUUUGGGAGAUGUGUUCAACUUGGUGGGCGCCUUGUGGGCACACUUGUUGCCGCAGGUGAUGUUUUUGGCGGUGUGGUUUUGUUUUGCUGAUUUCUUGAUGAUCUUCUCGUAUUUGUACUAUCAGCACUUGAACAAGGUCAAGAAACAGAAUCCUCAAGAGCACAGACCCUUGAUAGAACACAGAAGAACGUCGAGCACUUUGACGGACAUUGCGUUGGAGCCUUCCUAUCACGGGAUUUUCACCAAGUUUGGCUUACCGAUUCUUUUUGUGGUUGGGUGUGGACUUAUGGGGUUCUUGGUUUCUGAUAACGGCACUGAUGAUACUACUCCAAUUGACGACACGGGCGAUUCAAUCAGUUUGGGGCCACAGAUUGUUGGAUAUUUGUCGGCAGUGUUGUACUUGGGAGCCCGAAUUCCUCAGAUUGUGCAGAACCAUAGACGGAAGUCAGUUCAUGGCUUGAGUCUUUUGUUCUUUUUGUUUUCUACGUUGGGGAACUUGACGUACGCGGGACAGAUCUUGUGUUAUAGGAGUGACUCGAACUAUGUGUUGUUGAACCUCAGCUGGUUGUUGGGGUCCUUAGGAACCAUUUUCGAGGACAGCAUCAUUUUCUUGCAGUUUUAUAUUUACAAGGAUAGCAUUAGUGACGAUGAGUUCAUUCCAUGA